UCCAACUGCUGCUACUUUCCGUCAAUCUGGUAAAACACAUUUACGCCGCUCGCCAUUUUUCAAACGCAGAUUGGCGGAGAUGGAAAUUCCACCGCUCACUGGUCAUCCGUCCACUGGGGAUCAGCGCACUGCUCUCUCGAAAGCG